ACUAUCCCCUUAUACUGAUGGUAUCAGUAGAACAAUUGAAACUGUACUGUUUGGAUUAAGAACAUUUUACUUUUGGAACUUUCACUAAACUAGCUUCUCUAAUGUAAGAAAUAUUUGUUGAAACUUUGAAGCUGAGUCAAUUUGACUUAUCGUGCUUUGGUUUACUAACAAAGGGGACAGAAUGUCACAGGUUCUUCAAUCCACACUUCGUCCAGGCAACAUCAAGUUGUCUGACAUGUGCACCAGUGCAGACGGAAAGAAUGAAUCCCCAUAUUCUGUGGAAACCCCUUAUGGUUUCCACCUGGACCUAGACUUUCUGAAGUAUGUGGAUGACAUAGAGAAAGGAAAUACCAUCAGGAAGGUUAAAAUACACAAGAAAGCCAAACAACAAAAAUGUAAUACAUUGCCAAGAAAUUUCAGCGUGCCUGAUACACAGUUUCCCUCAGCUGAAUCCCUUUCCUGCAGAAAACAAGGGAAGAAGUGGUUGGCACCUCCUUCCUGGGAACCUACUAAUGGAUGUAAAAUGACCGGUAUUCAAAAAUUAUUCAUACGUUCCCCAUGUAGUGUUGACCCAGUAUUAUCAGAAUGCAACAAACAUGAUUACAGAUCUGUAAAAACAAUAUCUGACACCAGGGGAAGGUCGACAAGGAAUGAGAAAUUUCUACAUUGGGUGAGACCUCCUUUCCUUCGGGCAGCCAGCAUGCCCAUUGAUUUCAAAGAACUGAGUUUGGAAGAACAACAUCGAAACCUUUCCUCAUUCCAGCAGAAAUUAAAGUGUUUGGAUAGUGAUGUCCUCAGUACAUCGGGUGAUGUAGUUGUCCGGGAGAACUCCACCACUACUGAAGCAAAAUCACGGUCAAAGCUGACACCAACACAGCUCUCUCAGAUACAGCAGCAAGUUAAGGUUUCCCAAGAUAAAUCAAAAAAGGUGGAAGAGCAAGUAAAAAACAUUUCCGAACUUAAAAAACAGAUACUUAUAUUGCAGGAAAAGAACAAACAGCUUAAUAUUCAAAUAAAAAAUCAACAGAGCAAUGUGCAGAAUAUGAGUUAUGAGUUACAGGUAAAAGAGAACAGCAAUAUCAACAAAACGGAGCGUGUCAAUAAAAAAAGUCAAGGUCAUUCAGCAACAACAACAAUAGGCUCCAAAGGGCAAGUGUUAUGUUUAAUCAAAAGUCCAACAUCUGAAUUAUUUAUGCCAAAUGACAAUUUGGAGCACGAAAGAAUUUCUGACCUGAAUUACCGAAAUAAAUUUUCUUCAAAUUUUGCAGUAAGUGAAAAUAAGAACUUUGACCCUAUUCCUCACAAUGAAUUAUUUCAGAACUUUUCUGCUGUAGGAGGUGUUGAGCACAGAAUGAGAGAUGUGGGUACUCAGGUUACUGAAGAGGAGUUGCAUUUGGCACUAGGGGCACACCCAAAGAAACUUGCCAUUAAAGAACUAAGAACCACUGCCUCCAUACUGGGGAAACAGUUUGAAGCCAGAACCCAAGAAGAAAAGCCUGACCCCCAAGGUGCUAUGCUUGAUGACAUUAGGGUUAGCCUUUACCCAGAGACACCACAAGGAGACCAGUCUAUGCAUUUGGAAAAGACGGGUGAACAAGACAAAUCUGAAAUCGAUGUGACCCUUAGUCAACGAAGCGAUGUUGAGGCUACUGAACCAAAGCCGAGUGAAGCAAAGGGAAAAUACAUAAACAGAAUUGACCUCCACCCAUUCACUAGGUCAGUAGGCUGUGGAGAUUGUACUGUAAAUGUAACAAUCACAACAUUAAAAGAGACACGAAGUUUUGGAGUCAACACAGAUUGUAUCAAUGUCAGUCAUGCAAAAAUUAUGGCAACAGUUGAAACAAGUGACAAAGCAACGGAUGCUACAGUCAGGGUGUACAGCAAAGCUGUCGAGACUGAGCAUGCACCAUCAUUGCAUUGCAUCCAUGAUAUAAUUAGUGUGUCUCACAGAGGGAAUGAAGAAGUAAAACAGACUGAAGUUAGAGGUGACAAGAUAAAGAGCGACUCCGACAAUCUAAGCAGCAAUCAAACAGGGUCUACUAAUAGCAGUUAUGGUAUGAUAGAGAAUGAAAAAGAAUGUUCAACUAUUGCAGACAGCCAACGCAGUGAAUAUGAGAAAGAAUUAAAUUGUCAACAUUCAGAAUCCCAGGAAGUGACUUUGGAUCCAUUCCUGCAACCUGAAUCUGAGUUAAUUUCAACAAACCCUGAAACAGAGCAGUGUAUUAAAAAGAUUGAGGAACUUUUGUGCAAACAGCAAUCUUUUUUGGAGCAGAAUUAUCCUGAGUUGGCAGUGAACUUUAAGAAACUUUGUUCCAGUAUUGGAUCUCUCAGCAGUCAACUAAUGAACUCUUUUCAACCAUUGUCCUCAUCAAAUGCUGCACUUAACCAAUCAGGAGGGAGCUCUCAGCAAAAGGAAUGUGAAAUGACACUGUUCCAAUCUUCAAAUCUUAAAUCUAUUAUGAAAAAGAAAGAUGGAAAUGUCAAAUCGAGAGUUCUCCCAGCCAAAAAAAACCUUCAGUUUAUUGGUGUAAAUGGCGGCUAUGAGAGCACAUCGAGUGAAGAUUCCAAUUCAUCAGAAAGUGCAGACAGUGACACGGAAAAGGAUUGUGUCAAUACAGGAAAUGAAACCCAACCCAUGAGCAACAAAGCAGAGAUGUCCAAGGAUACAGAGGGAGCAGAGCAUGGCAAAACUCAGUCGACAAGAACAAAUGCUGAUGUCGAUGUUAUGCAACACUGCAGUAAAAGGUACGAUUUGAAGUUGGGCCUCAUCUCUGCUUGUCUUAAACUGAAGGAUCACCUCAAUGAAUUGGAGGUCACAAAUGAUAAAGACUUGAGGCAGAAUUUAAACACGGUUCAGCGGGAAUGGUUCAGGAUUUCCAGUCAGAAAUCCGCAGCUUCUGAGACUGUUCAAGAAUUUCUUCUAGAACUCCAAGAGAUGUCACCAGAUCUCCUUCACGUUGUUGUGAAUUUGGCCGAUGAAAAUCAGAACACUGCACUCCAUUACAGUGUCUCCCACUCCAACUUCCCUAUUGUGAGACUCUUACUGGACACGGGUGUAUGUAAUGUGGACCAUCAGAACAAGGCAGGAUACACUGCAACCAUGUUAGCUUCACUAGCUUUUGCUGAAACAGCUGAAGAGUUGGCAGUGGUCAGGAAGCUUCUGCAUUUGGGAAAUGUCAACGUCCAAGCUACUCAGGCCGGUCAGACAGCUUUGAUGCUGGCUGUCAGUCAUGGAAGGAGCGAUAUGGUUACAGCUCUCCUAUCUUGUGGCGCUGAUAUAAAUAUCCAGGAUGAUGAUGGAUCCACUGCACUCAUGUGCGCAUGUGAGCAUGGAAAUGUGGAGAUGGCUAAGCUGCUUUUAGCUCAGCCUGGGUGUAACACUGCAUUAACUGAUAAAGAUGGCAACACUGCUUUGACCAUUGCACAGCAAGCUGGGCAGAAGGACACUGUUGUACUGUUGAACACCCACGUGGAUUGUGGCAUGCCAUAGAGUCAUACAGCAUGGAAACAGACCCUUCGGUUCAACCAGCCCAUGCCAACCACAUUCCCAAACUAAACUAGUCCCACCUGCC